GAGCGCCAGAUCUGCAUGUACUCCAGCUUCCAGCCCGGCCCGCCGGGCGCCGCGCCCGGCCCCGACGAGAGCCCCGCGCCCGCCGCCGCCGCCGCCGCCGCCCCGCCCGCCGACGGGCUGCCCUUCCGCCGCGGCGCCCGCCUGCUCGACACCGGCGCCGUGGACAACGUGCUGCAAGUGGGAUUCCACCUGAGCGGGACAGUAACGGAGCCGGCAACAGCGACAGAACCAGAGAUGACCUAUAAAGUCGCCAUCAGCUUCGACCGCUGCAAGAUCACUUCCGUGACGUGCGGCUGUGGGAACAAGGACAUUUUUUACUGCGCACACGUGGUGGCGCUCUCGCUGUACAGGAUCCGCAAGCCAGAGCAGGUCAAACUCCGUCUUCCCAUCUCAGAGACCCUUUUCCAGAUGAACAGGGACCAGCUACAAAAGUUUGUUCAGUAUUUAAUCACAGAACACCACACCGAGGUACUGCCAACUGCCCAGAAACUGGCGGAUGACAUCCUGUCCUCCAACUCCGAGAUCAACCAAACGCAUGGUGCGCCAGACCCCACCGCUGGGGCCAGCAUCAAUGAUGAAAACUGCUGGCAUUUGGACGAGGAGCAAGUGAGAGAACAAGUGAAGCUGUUCCUGUCUCAGGGAGGGUACUACGGCUCCGGGAAGCAGCUCAACUCCAUGUUCGCCAAGGUCCGUGAGAUGCUGCGCAUGAGAGAUUCCAACGGCGCCAGGAUGCUGACGUUAAUAACGGAGCAGUUCAUGGCGGAUCCCCGGCUCUCCCUCUGGAGGCAGCAGGGAACGGGCAUGACGGACAAAUGCAGGCAGCUCUGGGAUGAGCUGGGGGCCCUGUGGGUGUGUGUCGUGUUAAAUCCGCACUGCAAGCUCGAAGAGAAAUCCUGCUGGCUCCGGCAGCUCCGGAAGUGGGGCGACAUGGACGUGUGCCCGCUGGAGGACGGCAGUUACGGCAACGAGCUUCCCAACAUCACCGACGCACUGACGCAGAGCUCAAAUCACAGCCAAGACUCCCUGGCACGGCCGAGACGGACGGUGUUCACCCGCGCCAUCGAGGGCUGCGACCUGCACUGGCAGGACAGCCACUUGCAGCGGAUAAUCAGCAGCGAUUUCUACGUGUCCCCUUCGUACCAGCGGGACGGCGAGAGCCUCCUCUUCAAUGCGCAAGGACAGCCGCUGUGGCUAGAGCACGUCCCUACAGCGUGUGCGCGGGUUGAUGCCCUGCGUUCCCAUGGGUACCCCAAAGAAGCGCUCCGACUGACUGUUGCCAUAAUCAAUACACUGAGACUGCAGCAACAAAGGCAGCUGGAAAUUUACAAACACCAGAAGAAAGAAUUACUGCAGAGGGGAGCCACCACCAUCACAAACCUGGAGGGCUGGGUCGGGCACCCUCUGAACCCCGUUGGCUGCUUGUUCCUCACCUUGACGGAGGCUUGUAGAUUAGAAGAGGAAAAUUGCCUUGAAAUUUCAGAUGCCGGCGACGCCAAGCCACCGGUGUACCAGCACGUGCCCGUGGCGACUGGUUGCCAGGACAGCGGCGAGUCCUACCUGUCCCUGGCCUUAGAGGUGGCUCUGAUGGGGAUGGGGCAGCAGCGGGUGAUGCCCGAGGGGCUGUACGCGCAGGAUAAAGUGUGCCGCAACGAAGAGCAGAUCAGCGCCCGGCUGCAGGAGCUGGAGCUGGACGCGGUGCUGGUGCAGGCCCUUCGGAAGCAGUGUAUCUUGCUGCUGGAAGGUGGUCCCUUCAGCGGCCUGGGAGAAGUGAUCCAUCGGGAGAGCGUUCCCAUGCACACCUUUGCCAAGUACCUGUUCUCCGCCUUGCUGCCUCACGACGCAGACCUGGCCUAUAAGCUGGCGCUCCGGGCCAUGAGGCUGCCCGUGCUGGAGACGACCGCUCCCUCCGGAGAUGUCACGCACCCUCACCACCUGGUGUCGGUCGUGCCCAGCAGGUACCCCCGGUGGUUUACCCUGGGCCACUUGGAAUCGCAGCAGUGUGAACUGGCCUCCACCAUGCUGACGGCAGCUAAAGGUGACAUGCUGCGGUUACGCACCGUCCUGGAAGCAAUCCAGAAGAACAUCCACUCCUCGUCCUUGAUCUUCAAGCUGGCCCAGGACGCCUUUAAGAUCGCCACGCCCGCGGACAGCAACCCCGACACCACCCUGCUCAACGUGGCGCUGGAGCUGGGGCUGCAGGUCAUGCGGAUGACUCUGUCCACCCUGAACUGGAGGCGAAGGGAGAUGGUGCGGUGGCUGGUCACCUGUGCGACGGAAGUGGGUGUGCGGGCGCUGCUCAGCAUCCUGCAGAACUGGUACACGCUCUUCACCCCCACGGAAGCCACCAGCAUCGUGGCGGCGACAGUGAUGUCCCACAACACCAUCCUGCGGCUGAGCCUGGACUACCCGCAGCGCGAGGAGCUGGCCGGCUGCGCCCGCACCCUGGCCCUGCAGUGCGCCAUGAAGGACCCCCAGAACUGCGCCCUCUCCGCCCUCACGCUGUGCGAGAAAGACCACAUCGCCUUCGAGACGGCCUACCAGAUCGUCAUCGACGCCGCCGCCACGGGCAUGACCUACGCGCAGCUCUUCACCAUCGCCCGCUACAUGGAACACCGGGGCUACCCGCUGCGGGCCUUCAAACUGGCCUCGCUGGCCAUGACGCACCUCAACCUCGCCUACAACCAGGACACCCACCCGGCCAUCAACGACGUCCUGUGGGCCUGCGCGCUGAGCCACUCCUUGGGCAAGAACGAGCUGGCGGCCAUCAUCCCCUUGGUGGUGAAGAGCGUGCACUGCGCCACGGUGCUGUCGGACAUCCUGCGGCGCUGCACCAUGACGGCCCCGGGCCUGGCCGGCAUUCCCGGCCGCAGGAACUCUGGCAAACUGAUGUCCACCGACAAGGCUCCCUUGCGCCAGCUGCUGGACGCCACGAUAAGCGCUUACAUCAACACCACCCACUCCCGGCUCACCCACAUCAGCCCUCGGCACUACGGCGAGUUCAUCGAGUUCCUCAGCAAAGCCAGGGAGACCUUCCUCCUGGCCCAGGACGGCCACCUCCAGUUCGCGCAGUUCAUAGACAAUCUCAAACAGAUCUACAAAGGCAAGAAAAAACUGAUGAUGCUGGUGCGGGAGCGGUUUGGGUGA